GCCUCCUCUUUUCUAGUCGCUUACUGUCAGUUGGCUUGUUGCCAGUCAACAUGCUUUCAUCCCGUUAUACGCGCUUUGUUUUCCUCACAAUCCCCUCGCUUGUUCUCUUAUACUUCUUGUUGCAUACCUUGGAUGUAUUACCAACACCAUUGAGCCACGGCAAGCCGGACGCCACGUUAGGGCUAUCCGAGCUUCCGGCAUCACCGCUGAGCAGCGGCAGCAGCGACAGCAGCGACAGCAGCAACGAUAACAAACCCCAACCCGACCCUCAUAACCCUACCACCCUCUCCAUCACCAAUUCCCAGCCCGACACCACGAAAACAGCUAUAUCCGGGAUAACCGACAAAGUAUGGCACUCAGCCAAGAACCCCAGCCUCACCACCGAGCAAUCCGAGUGGAUCAACAGCUGGCUGUUCAAGAACCCGACCUUCCGCCACGAGCUCCUAACCGACGACUCAAGCCUAACCUUCGUGCGAACUCGCUACGGCGCCACCCGCCCGGACAUCGUCGAACUCUACGAGAAGCUCCCCAUCCCGAUCCUCCGCGCCGAUCUCCUCCGGUACCUGAUUGUCCUUGCCGAAGGCGGAAUCUGGAGCGACCUAGACGUCACCUGCGACACGGAAGUGGCCAACUGGGUCCCGGCGGAGCACCAGCACGCCCAGAUCGAUAUGAUAGUGGGCCUGGAAUUCGAUCUCGCCUGGCGCGGCGAGGGGACGGAGAUCGCCUCCCAGUUCUGCAACUGGGUGUUUGUCGCGCGGCCCUCGUCUCGAAAUCUGCAGGUGGUUGUAGACGCGGUCGUCAGCAAGCUGAAGGAGAUCGCUACCGCGAAUGGUGUCGGUAUCGAGAACCUGACGCUGGAUAUGUUGCCCAUCGAUGUGGUCGAUGUCACCGGUCCGAAGAUCAUGACGAUUGCUUUGCUGGAUGGGUUGCGGCAGCUGUUGGGGCGGGUGGUGGAUGAUCGCGACUUCCAUGAUACCAAAACUCCCAAGUUGGUGGGGGAUUUGCUGAUCAUGCCGGGCAAUGCGUUUGCGGCGGCGCAGAACGGAUACCCGCGCGAUCAGAGCCCGGCUUUGGUGACCCAUCAUUAUGCUGGCUCCUGGAAGCAGGCUGAUGCUGAGGCCAAGGAACGGAAGAAGCUGCAGCAGGAGCAGGGGUAGAGAAGUCUUAAGAUUCCCGUGAUGAGGCCAUGUCUAUAGUAACUGUAAUUCUCGC